AUGGUAAGUGAUGACGACAAAUGGAGGCUUGGGCUUCGUAAAGGAGGUGAUGGAGAUUCUUUGGGUGAUGUCGAAAGUGAUUUUGAAUGCGGGGAUCGGCUUGAAAAUGGCUUCAACUUCAAGUUCGGAACUUCAAGUUGGGAAGGGAAUGAACUUUAUUUGGAUUUAUUGUUCCCAUCGAAUUCUCUGGAAAAUGCCCCAGAAAAUUCAGCAGCUUUUGCGAUUGCAAUUUUGCUUUUGCCCCGCUGGUUGACUCAAAUCAAUAUGGUACGAAAAAAAGAUAAAAUUUGGGAGCAUGUUGAGGAGCUCCAAGGGAAUAAAUGGAAAUGUAAAUUUUGUCAAAAAGUAUUUAGUGGUGGGGCUUACAGAAUUAAAGCACACUUGUCUGGAAUUACUGGCCAUGAUGUUGAGAUUUAUAGUAAAGUCAAUCAUGAGACACAAGGUAGCCAAAGACGUCAAAGUCAAGCAUCUUUACUAGAAAUAAAUAAGAAAAAAGAGAAGGAGUUUGUUGAUAAAAUGCUUGCUAAGUGUUUUGUGGUGAACAAUAUUGCUUUUAAUGUUGUUCAAACUGGUGCUUUUGGAGAAUUUUUCAAGGCAGUGGCUGAAUAUGGUGCAACAUACAAGCUUCCAUCUUAUUCAACUCUUCGAACUAAGUUAAUUCCAGAAUCUAGAAAAGGUGUUGAUGAGUAUGUUGCUAUGGUGAAGCAUUCGUGGGAUACAUCUAGAUCUGGCUGCACAAUGUCUGAUAUAUGGAUUGAUAUAAGGCACCGAUCUUUCAUUAAUCUUGUGGCAUAUUUACCUGCUGGUGCAGUGUUUAUAAAAUCAUUGGAUGUUUCUCGAGAAAGAAAAACUGGAAUUUAUCUGAAAGAAAUUGUUGUUUCUGUGAUUGAAUCAAUUGGACAAGAACAUGUUGUGCAAUUCAUAACUGAUAAUGGUAGCAAUUUCACAUCUGCUGGUGACAUGCUCAUUGGAUUGUAUCCUCGAAUGUAUAAGACGAGGUGUGUUGCUCAUGGAAUUCAGCUUCUUUGA